UUUGAAUUUAACGAUUACGAAAAAAAGCAUUAGAAAAAGGUUUUCCAAGACGGAGAACAUUUUCUCAUAGUUUAGACGUCUGUAGUCGCCACCUCAGCACCACUCCACCGACCUCGCCUUCUCCCUGAUGCGCCUCUUUCUCGAUCCAAAACCCAUUCUCUUCAAUUUUAUCAUCUCCUCUCGACUCCUUCCCACUCGCUCCGAUCCACUCAACUUGCUCAACUCGCUUCGCUUACCUUCCAGCCAUUACUCCACCAAUUCCACUUCCAAAUCGCCGUCACCCCCUCCCAUGGCGGCGAUUCCGAAGCCCUCCAUUACCACUGUCGACAACGAGGAGGGAAUCGCUCGUCGAUUCUGGAUCAAGUUCCGGAAAGAAUCGAUUUUCGCUAUGUACACUCCGUUCGUGGUCUGUUUGGCUUCCGGGAAUCUCAAGCUCGACUCUUUCCGGCAUUUUAUUGCUCAGGAUGUUCACUUUCUCAGGGCCUUCGCUCAGGCAUACGAGUUGGCGGAGGAGUGUGCAGAUGAUGAUGAUGCAAAGUUAGGGAUCUGCCAGCUAAGGAAGAGUGUAUUGGAGGAACUGAAAAUGCAUGAUUCAUUUGUUAAGGAAUGGGGUUUUGACCUGUCCAAAGAGAGCUCUCUUAACUCUGCAACAGUGAAAUACAGAGACUUUUUGCUGGCAACAGCUUCUGGGAAAAUUGAAGGAGUAAAAGGCCCUGGUAAACUAGCGACGCCUUUCGAGAAAACAAAAGUUGCAGCUUAUACUCUAGGUGCCAUGACACCUUGCAUGAGGCUGUAUGCCUUUCUGGGUAAGGAGCUUCAGGCACUUCUACACCCUAGUGAAAGCACUCACCCUUACAAGAAGUGGAUUGACAACUAUUCUUCUGAAGGUUUCCAGGGUUCAGCUUUACAAACUGAGGACUUGCUGGAUAAACUAAGUGUCUCUUUGACAGGCGAAGAGCUUGACAUCAUAGAAAAGCUUUAUUACCAAGCUAUGAAACUUGAAAUAGAGUUCUUCUGUGCUCAGCUGCUUGAUCAGUACACUAUAGUUCCUCUAACUAAAGGGCAUGACCCUGCAGCAGAUCGUCUUGUGAUAUUUUCUGAUUUUGAUUUGACAUGUACAGUUGUUGACUCUUCUGCCAUUUUGGCAGAGAUUGCAAUAAUAACAGCACCAAAAUUUGAUCAGAAUCAACCUGAAAAUCAAAUUAUUCGGAUGUCCUCAGCUGACUUGAGGAACACAUGGGGUGUUCUAUCCAAGCAGUAUACUGAAGAGUAUGAGCAAUGUAUAGAAAACAUUCUGCCAUCUGAGAAAGUGGAGGAAUUUGACUAUGAAGGCCUGUGUAAAGCACUUGAGCAGCUUUCAGAUUUUGAAAAAAGGGCAAACUCUAGAGUGAUUGAGUCUGGAGUACUUAAGGGUCUAAAUCUUGAUGACAUAAAACGAGCUGGAGAACGUCUAAUUCUUCAAGAUGGUUGUGCAAGUUUCUUUCAGAACAUUGUAAAGAAUGAAAGUUUGAUUGCAGAUGUCCAUAUACUUUCAUAUUGUUGGUGUGGUGAUCUUAUCAGGUCAGCAUUUUCGUCAGGGGGUUUACAUGUUCUGAACGUGCAUGCAAAUGAGUUCGCUUUCAAGGAGUCUAUUUCCAAUGGUGAAAUUGUUAAAAAUGUGGAGUCUCCCAUUGACAAGCUUAAAGCUUUCCUCAAUAUCCUAGAGAACUGCAGCAAUGACAGAAAGAACUUGACUGUCUAUAUUGGAGACUCUGUGGGUGACUUACUUUGCCUGCUUAAUGCAGAUGUAGGCAUAGUGAUUGGGUCAAGCUCAAGUCUAAAGAGAGUGGGCAGUCAAUUUGGAGUUUCGUUUGUUCCAUUGUUUCGUUUCUUGGUUAAGAAACAGAAAGAAUAUGUUGAAGGAAGUUCCUCUCGCUGGAAGGGGCUAUCCGGAACUCUUUACACAGUCUCUAGCUGGGCUGAAAUACAUGCCUUCAUUUUGGGGUGGUAGAGUCAUUUUCUUGUUCUCAUGCCCUUGUCUUCUUGGUAAUUAGGAUAAAGGAAGAAAUCUUUAUAUAUAUAUAAUGGAACACACAGAUACAAGUGGGUGGCUAGUUUUAUUACAGCUCACAUAUCAACUUUUCUCUUCCCUUCAUGUGUUCCUAUGGGAUUGUCCAUUCACAGAUAUAAACAUCAAUCUGUUCCGGCUUGAUAUGCUAAUAACAAGUGGGGUUAUUUA